AUGGAAACGAAGCGACCUCACCUGACGCAUCGCGGCAUCGGUGAUCAGACGACCCUAUGGACGUAUACUAUGGCGAGGAUAUUUCAUCAUCGGCAUAUGCGUAUCAACGCAUCGCCAUCGAACAAGACGUGGUUAUGUGACAUGCCACCUCUUUCACCUGCACACGAAACCCGCCACCUGCAUACGGUUAGUGUCUUGGUCGACGAGGACGAAGAUUGCGAGUACGGGACGACUACUCUCCUCUCUUACUAUCCUGCUUUAUGCACUGACGGGGAAACCCACAUUCAAGUCGGCGGUUCAUGCAGAUGCCCACCCGUCCUGUUCCAUGGCCCUUUGGAACAUUUGUCACCUUGCGUAGGCAUAACGAGUACACGCGCGCGCGGGGAUCUUCGAUCGUUUCCCUUUCCUGCGGUACCUAUAUGGAGAAGUGGGAGAUUGCCGUCCCUAAUGGAUAUGCGUCGAUGGAGUGAUUGGGUGGGCGCCUGA